CAAUGGUGAAGCCGGUGAGACAGAAGAAGGUUGUGCUCACUUUCCGAUUAAACCCGCCGAUCAACCCCGGCACUAAAAAAAUUUCACAUCCGAGAGUAUCCUUGUUUCCGAAGGAGGUUCGAAGGCUAGCCAAUAAUGGGAUCUUAGAAGGAUUUGAGCCUGUUUCCCCCAGAGUUUCAUGCACGGGCCACAUCCAAAUCGAGAGCCACAUAAAGAAAAAACGAGGUGUCGGCAAACAUAAGCAAGCCUUUUCACCUCUAGCCCAAGCGUUGGCGGAACAGAUCAGAAGGAAGGUAUUGAACGGGAGAAAGCGUGGUUACGAAUCCGAUGUUUUUGAUGCCUCGUCUGAGACAGAGGAGGCUGCUCCUUCGCUUCAGCAGAUGAGGCAACUCCGUUAUGGACGUAGCACGUUAUCGGAUUUCGAUUGGAGGACAUAUGAUGCAGAGGAGAAAGGGAAGAUACUGAAGAGCGGGAUGAAUCGUGGUAUGAAUUGAUGUUUCCGAUUUGCACGCGCCUUCGCUUCGGCAAAUGAGGCAAUUUUCCAAGGGACGUAGUACGUUACCAGAUUUUUAUUCGAGGUCAUACG